CCCGCGCUGCGGGCUUCCCCGGCAACGCUCCGCCCCGCGGUCAUAGCAACCACGGCCAAGGCCGCAUCGGCCCGCCUCUUCUCGGCAGAAGCCAAUCAGCAGCCCUCUUCUAUAAGUGACAGUGGGAAGCCACCAAUCAACAGGCGCCUCUUACCCUCAUCGUCCCGGCAUUUUUAGCGGCAGGUGAUCUGACCAAUGAGAGCAGGAGAGGCUGGCCGAGCUGACUGCCAAUCAGCGCGGAGGGGCGGGGCGUCGGUAGGCCGUCGCUUUGUGGGCCGGCAGAGCCCCGCGGGACACCAUGGAGUUCCCCGAGCACAGCCGGCAGCUGCUGCGGGGGCUGCGGGAGCAGCGGGCCCAGGGCUUCCUCUGCGACUGCACCGUGCUGGUGGGCAGCGCCCCGUUCCCUGCGCACCGCGCGGUCCUGGCCGCCUGCAGCGCCUUCUUCCACAUGUGUUACGCGGAGCGGCUGGAUAAGGGCGACCUGGUGUGCCUGAACAGCGAGAUCGUGACGCCGCCCGCCUUCGGGCUGCUCCUGGAGUUCAUGUACGAGGGGCGGCUGGCGCUGGCCGCCACGCCGCUGGAGGACGUGCUGGCGGCCGCCAGUUACCUGCACAUGAACGACGUCGUCAAGCUCUGCAAGAAGAAGCUCCAGGCGCGGGUCCCGGCUGAGGCCGACAGCACCAAGCGGGAGGAGGAUGCCCCCGGCAGCCCCCCGCUGCCGCCCGCCGCCCCCCAGCAGUGCCCACCCAGCCCUGGGGCUCCCCUGUUGCCCCCCCCCGUCCCGGCCCCGGAGGCUGCGGAUGGUGGGGAGGAGGGACUGCCCCCCCCCGAGCCGCCCGUGUCCCGCGUGGAUGUGGCUGACACCACGCAGCCCGGCAUGGAGGGCGACUGGUCCCGUGCUGCUGCACCGGAGCUGCCCCUCCCCAGCCCCAGCAGCUCGACGGAGGCCGCCCCUCGCACCGCCUUCCCUGGGAGCGAGCUGCCCGCCCCGGGGGGGCUCUGCGCAGGGCCCUGGGCUCCCGCUGCCCCUGGGGGGCUGCUGCCUGCUGCUGUUAAAGUGGAAGCCAUUGUCAUCUCCGACGAGGAGCCCGAGGCGGGCACCCGCCGCUCUGCCAGCCUCUUCCCGGCGCCAGCCCGUGCCCCGCGGCCUGCGACCUUCGGGGAGGCAUCGGGGGAGCCGCUGCCAUUCGGGCUGCCAGCGCUGCGGGAGCCGCUGUUCCUGCCACCGCUGGAGGGGCGCGGGGGUUUCGGGCUCUUCACCGAGGAGGCACCGACCUGCCCCACGUGCGGGAAAACGUUCUCCUGCUCCUACACCCUGCGGCGCCACGCCACCGUGCACACGCGGGAGCGUCCCUACGAGUGCCGCCAUUGCCUGCGCAGCUACACCCAGUCCGGGGACCUCUACCGCCAUAUCCGCAAGGCCCACAGCCACGGGCCGCCCACCCGCGGCGGAGCCCACAGCGACCACGACCGUGACUGCGACAACCCCCCCUAACGGGGCCGGC